ACAUCAAUUUGACAGUGUCGAUGCCGAUUCGACAUCGUUUCGACGAAUCAUUUCUCCACUGGGUGUGCAAUUGAUUAUACUCGUUGAAUUUCAGCGAGAAAUAAAAAUUUCAACGGAAUUUACCGGGAAGCAGCCGCGUUAGAAAACAUAAUUACUUAGUGGCAGCGCAAACAAUUUCCAUCGACGGCGAGAGACAGCGUUGAGGUCGGGGUGACGCUUCGCAUCAAUUUAUACGGAUUAUCUAGCGAUCUCAUCGUUACGUCCGACUCCAGCUACGACACUUGCGCAUGUAAAUCGUCACGAUGACACUGCGCCUUCUAACGAAGUUCAUCGAGAACUAAAAGGUUUCAAAGAUAGCGAAGAUUCUCAGGAACAAAGAUGUGUUUGAAGAAAUUCCUCUUCGUACGACAAUUUUCAAAGAGCACAAAAGAGACGUGGGACAAUUUUCUACGUAACAGCCACAGAACGUCGCUUAAAAGAUUCAUCCAAAAUCAUCACGAAGUAGCGAGUGCGAUCUUACGAAACACGGAGAUGACUCGCGAUCAUUUGACUCCGGAACUGAAAUUAUUCCUGCUAACAGAGAACUGUCCCUUGUAUCACGAGCCAUUCACGGAUAAAUAUUCAGAUGGAAGAUUUGAUUCCUUGACGAGAAACGUAUUUCAAGAUCCAUUUUGGUCUAUAUACUGGCCUGGAGGCCAAGUACUCACGAGAUUCAUUCUGGAUGAAAAGGAAAGGAUUUUAGGGCGCGCGACACAAAAUGCGAGAAAAGAUGCAUUAAGGAUACUGGAUUUGGGUGCAGGAUGCGGGGCUACGGCAAUAGCUGCGAAAUUAACGAACGAAACGUGUAAGACCGUUGCAAAUGACAUCAGCAGAGUUGCCUGCGUAGCUAUUGCGAUGAACGCGAUAUUGAACAACGUGGACAUUGAGGUGUUGCGGGAAAACUUGUUAGAAAAGCCACUGGAAGAUCCGUACGACGUGAUCUUUGUGGGUGAUUUAUUGUACGACGAGGAAACAGCGGGCAUCUUAAUGACCUGGUUGGGAGACGCGCAUGAACGAGGCGCCCGAAUUUAUUUAGGAGACCCAGGAAGGCACGGAUUGAGCGAAGAAUUCAGGAAGCGAUUGAGAUCGCUACGACGAUAUUCCUUGCCUGAAAACGUCAGGAGAGAGAAUCACGGUUACGACAUGGCCACCGUGUGGGAAUUUGCCCGAACUUGAGCGGCUGACGCAUAUCGGCAAUUAAAUGCAGACUAAAGAACGUUCUAAAGUCCAAGAGUUAUUCCAAUAUUGAAUUUUUUCGCCAUUAAAUAAUACUCGUGUACACAAAGACCAACAUUAUUUGCUUUGUUAAAUGUUCACGCUGGUUUUCACACGGCCCUUCAAAUCUUAUACCAGACACAACAACGUUCUGAAAAUUUCUCAACUAUUUCAGAGAGAGAUAAACAGGUGUAUGCUAUAAGUCUGCUAAUCUUCAGGUAAUAUACUUAUAAUGAUACUUUAUUCUGACGUAUAUUCGGAUAUUUCUAUCUUGUUGCGAAAUAAACGUAAGCUGUACUUCGUCAGUAA